CUUCCACUCCCGUUUUCCAAUCUCAGAAAUACAGCUCUCCCACUAAAACCAACUGACCUCUCUCUCUCUCUCUCUUACCUGUUUUCAAAGACUCUUCAGAUCUGAACUCGAUACUUGGAUGCCAUCAAACAAUCCCCAGCUGUGAAUUCCCAAUUUCGCAGCUUCAACUUAGUAUCCAAGCAAACCAUUAAUUCAUGGCAAAGCCUUGGCAAGAUUUUUCAGCCCAAGACCUCUCACCCACAGCUGCAAGAUCAAAGGAGUGGGAUGGUCCAUCAAGAUGGACAGAGUACUUGGGUUCUGAUAUGUCUUCUCCAGUGACAUUUAGGACUUCUAGGAACAAGGGUCCCGAUGGACAGAUUCAAAGUUCAGGUGGCUCAUACAAGGGUUUAAACUUACAGUGGGUAGUGCAGCUUACUGAAGUAGCUGAAGGCCUCAUGGCCAAAAUGUAUAGAUUGAAUCAAAUCCUGGACUAUCCAGAUCCAGUUGGUCAUGUGUUUUCUGAAGCAUUUUGGAAAGCAGGUGUGUUCCCAAACUAUCCAAGGAUUUGCUUAUUGCUCUCAAAAAAGUUUCCGGAGCAUUUUAGCAAACUGCAACUUGAGCGAAUUGAUGCAGGUUGAUAAGAUUGCUUUGGAUGCUUUAAAUGAUAGUGCAGAAGUUCAUUUGCAGAGCUUGGAGCCAUGGGUCCAGCUGCUUAUUGACUUGAUGGCAUUUCGAGAACAAGCUUUGAGACUUAUAUUGGAUCUAAGCAGUACAGUAAUUACCUUGUUGCCCCAUCAGAACUCACUUAUACUGCAUGCAUUUAUGGAUCUGUUUUGUUCCUUUGUCCGCGUUAACCUUUUCUCCGAGAAGAUACCAAGAAAAAUGAUGCUACAAAUGUAUAAUCUUCUGCAUGCCAUGUCAAGAAAUGACAGAGACUGUGAUUUCUAUCAUCGGUUGGUUCAAUUCAUAGACUCCUAUGAUCCACCAUUGAAAGGUCUACAAGAAGAUUUAAAUUUUGUCAGUCCACGCAUUGGGGAGGUUUUAGAGGCCGUGGGUCCAAUUAUUUUCCUAUCUACAGAUACAAGGAAGCUGAGAAAUGAGGGGUUUCUAAGUCCGUAUCAUCCUAGAUAUCCAGAUAUACUUACAAAUUCUGCUCACCCAAUGAGGGCCCAAGAUCUGGCAAAUGUUACAUAUUACAGGGAAUGGGUGCUUCUUGGAUAUCUUGUUUGUCCUGAUGAGCUACUUCGUGUCACUAGCAUUGAUAUUGCUCUGGUUGUACUGAAGGAAAAUUUAAUUCUUACCCUAUUCAGGGAUGAGUAUGUUUUGUUACAUGAAGAUUAUCAGUUAUAUGUUUUGCCACGGAUAUUAGAGUCAAAGAAGAUGGCUAAAUCUGGACGAACUAAGCAAAAGGAAGCAGACUUGGAGUACAGUGUGGCAAAGCAGGUUGAGAAAAUGAUAAGUGAAGCACAUGAGCAAGCGCUCGUAUCAUGUGAUGCCAUUCAUUGUGAGAGGAGAAUAUUGUUAAAGCAAGAAAUUGGAAGAAUGGUGCUUUUUUUUACAGAUCAGCCAAGUUUAUUGGCACCGAACAUCCAGAUGGUAUUUUCUGCAUUGGCUUUGGCCCAAUCUGAAGUCAUCUGGUAUUUCCAACAUGUAGGAAUUGCGCCAUCAAAAUCUAAAGUUGCUCGAAUGGUUCCUGUGGACAUAGAUCCAAGCGACCCAACUAUUGGUUUCUUACUAGAUGGAAUGGAUCGUCUCUGUUGUUUAGUUCGCAAGUAUAUUGCAGCAAUUCGAGGAUAUGCGUUAUCAUAUCUUUCUUCAUGUGCUGGUAGAAUCCGCUUUUUGCUGGGAACUCCAGGAAUCGUGGCUCUUGAUCUUGAUGCUAGCUUGAAAGGGCUUUUACAACAGAUUGUUCAUCAUCUUGAAAAUAUACCAAAACCACAGGGUGAAAAUAUUUCUGCCAUCACAUGUGAUCUAUCUGAAUUCCGCAAGGAUUGGUUGUCAAUAUUGAUGAUUGUCACAUCCGCUAGGUCUUCUAUAAACAUAAGACAUUUGGAGAAAGCUACUGUCUCCACUGGAAAGGAAGGCUUACUAUCAGAAGGAAAUGCUGCCUACAACUGGUCCAGAUGUGUUGAUGAAUUGGAGUCUCAAUUAUCGAAGCAUGGAAGUCUGAGGAAACUGUAUUUUUACCACCAGCACCUCACAGCAGUCUUCAGAAACACCAUGUUUGGACCAGAAGGACGUCCCCAGCAUUGCUGUGCAUGGCUUGGCGUUGCUAGUAGUUUUCCUGAAUGUGCUUCUGCAAUUGUUCCUGAAGAGGUUACCAAAAUUGGGCGAGAUGCAGUCCUCUAUGUGGAAUCUCUUAUUGAAUCUAUCAUGGGAGGAUUGGAAGGCUUGAUCAAUAUUCUUGAUUCUGAAGGAGGGUUUGGUGCCUUAGAGACACAGCUUCUUCCGGAGCAGGCAGCUUUUUAUUUGAAUAAUGUAUCUAGAGUUUCAAUUCCCUCAGCAAAAUCUCCUAAAGGAGCUGUUGGGUUUCCACUGCCUGGUCAUGAGAGUUAUCCUGAAAAUAAUAGUUCUAUAAAAAUGUUAGAAGCUGCAAUGCAAAGGUUGACAAACUUAUGUUCAGUUUUGAAUGACAUGGAACCGAUAUGUGUUCUAAAUCAUGUUUUUGUUUUGAGGGAGUACAUGAGGGAGUGCAUCCUAGGAAACUUCAGGAGAAGAGUGCUUGCAGUACUAAAAACUGAAAAUGAUCUUCAACGGCCAUCUGUGCUAGAGUCAUUAAUUCGCAGGCACAUGAGCAUAGUGCAUUUGGCAGAGCAGCACAUAAGCAUGGACCUAACCCAUGGUAUUCGAGAAGUUCUACUCACAGAGGCUUUCUCAGGACCUGUUUCUUCUUUGCAUUUGUUUGAAAACCCGACUGAGCAGCUUCCUGGAGCAGCCACUGAAGUUGUAUGCAACUGGUACAUGGAAAACAUUGUUAAAGAUAUAUCAGGGGCUGGAAUCUUGUUUACGCCGACGCACAGAUGCUUCAAAAGCACAAGGCCCGUUGGUGGAUAUUUUGCUGAGUCAGUCACUGAUCUCAGAGAAUUGCAGGCCUUUGUCCGUAUUUUUGGUGGCUAUGGAGUUGACAGGCUAGACAAAAUGAUGAAAGAGCACACUGCUGCACUUUUAAAUUGCAUUGACACAUCACUGCGUUCAAACCGAGAAGUGUUAGAGGUAAUUGCUGGAAGCAUGCAUUCUGGUGAUCGAAUAGAAAGAGAGGCAUCGUUGAAGCAGAUUGUAGACUUGGAUACAGUAAUUGGAUUUUGUAUUGAGGCAGGGCAAGCGCUUGCUUUUGAUCAGCUUCUUGCGGAAGCUGCUGGAGUUGUGCUUGAAGAAGGUGCACCUUUGAUAUAUUCACUACUUGCUGGGGUAGUUAAGCAUAUACCUGGAGAAAUGCCUGAAAGGAAAGAAAUAAAGAGGAUAAGGGGGGUGGGAAGCAGUGUUGGUGUUGUUCUGGAUCAUGAUUCUGAGUGGGUAAGAUCAAUUCUGGAAGAAGUUGGGGGUGCUAAUGAUGGUUCCUGGACCUUGUUGCCUUAUUUAUUUGCAACCUUCAUGACAUCGAGCAUCUGGAACACCACUGGCUUCAAUGUUGACACAGGGGCCUUUAACAACAAUAUGCAUUGCUUGGCAAGGUGCAUGAGUGCUGUGAUUGCAGGAAGCGAGUUUGUGAGAAUGGAACGUGAACAUCACCAGAGGCUGUCUUUCUCCAAUGGCCAUGUUGGUGAGGCUUUAGAUCCUGAAAUACAUAGCCGAUUGUCAGCAGAAGCAAGUAUCAAAUCUGCAAUGCAGCUUUUUGUCAGAUUUGCUGCUGGAAUUGUGCUAGAUUCUUGGAGUGAAGCUAAUAGAUCUCAUCUCGUAGCAAAGCUCAUUUUCUUGGACCAACUCUGUGAGAUGUCCCCAUACCUUCCGAGAAGUUCCCUUGAAGCUCAUGUUCCUUAUGCAAUUAUGCGUUCAAUUUACAGCCAGUACUACUCAAAUUCUCCGUCCAUCCCACUAGCAUUGCUAACUGUAUCGCCUCGCCAUUCUCCUGCGGUAUCGCUGCCACACGCAUCUCCUUCGGUGAAGCAGCCUCGUGGAGAUUCAACACCUCAGUACAGCACUAACGAUUCAGGAUUCUUUAAGGUAUCAUCAUCCCAUAUUCAGGAACACCCUUAUGAAACUGAUAGUGGAAACCUUCGCAGCAGUGAAAACAAACAAUGGAAUGCUCGCCGGUCUGGGCCUUUGGAUUACAGUUCAAGCCGCAAGGCUAAAUUGGUGGAAGGCUCAACUUCAGGCAGCACAGGUCCCAGUCCAUUGCCGAGGUUUGCGGUGUCAAGAUCUGGCCCUCUCUUGUAUAAAUAGAAUAUGGAGAAACAAAGAUGUAGAAAUAGGAGGGUCGUAAAUUAUCCACUUGUAAUUUCUCAAUUAUAUAUCACAACACUUGAUGAUAAAUUUUUGGCUCAUUGUAAAUGUAUUACUUGUGUUUAUUUGUACUUUAUAUGAUUAAUUGAUGAUUGGAUUUUGUCCUCUAA